AUGGCCGGAACGUUCUGCGGAUCCAAGAGUAAGCCGUCGUACCUGGAACCGGCCGCCUUGCUCAGCCGCUCCUCCUCCACCUCGAAUACGCGCUCCGUUUCUACGACGGUCAGCGACGAGUCGGUUGCGGGAGACUCCGGCGUGUUUGAGGCGUCUCGCGGGCCGCCCCCGCUGCUCGCGCGCGAAUGCGCCCAGGUGCAGAUUGGGUUGCGGUACGUAGCCGCUGACGGCGUCCUCUGUAUCACGAUCGAGCGGGGCAGCAAUUUCGGGGCACUCGGGCCGCCCGCCGGCUGCCAGCUGUUCAUACGCGCGAUGCUGCUGCCGACCCCGUCCGGUCCUGGGUUGGUGCGCACGGGCACGGUGACUGAUCUCGUCCGGCCGACGUUCAAGACGAUGCUGGUGGUGCCACUGUCGCUCGACAAGGUGUACGCCAAAUCACUGCACGUCAAGGUAAUGGUGCUAGUUGGCCAGCGGGAGGACUGGAUCGGCAGCACGCAGAUUAGCCUGGCCGAAUUUAAUGCGGGCGACGCGACCACCAGCCGCUGGUACAAUAUCGUCAGCCGGAAGUCGAUGAACGAGUCGGAUCUGCUGGAUGGGGGCGCGCGGGAAGAGUCGUCCGACGAAUCGACCAUCAUCUCGUCGCAGACGUCCACGCUUACGCGCAACCAGGGCCAGGACGAGCUGCAGGCCGUGUUGGAGCUGGUGUACGACGAGCUGUCGAACGACGACGAGGACGACGACGAGGAAGAGGACGAAGAGCAGGGUGACGAGGAUGAUGAAGAAGAGGAAGAAGAGGAGAACGGAGAGGAGUUGCUAUACAAAAAGGCAGUCGAUGACGCUGGUGAGCCAGUCGCUAGAAUGAUGGGUCGUCGACGCGGCAAAGAUCUGCAACGGAUAGUCAACUCGGUGGAAGAGGAGGACGAAUGCGAGGAGCAGCAAGAGCGAGGAGCAGCAAGAGCAGGAAGGCUGUGCAUCGUCGGGUAGGCAGCUGCUAGCGAGGCUACCGAGAUGAUGAUACAGGAAUACAUGAACAGCGUGAAAGAACAGUGCGGAGACGCCGGUGACGUGGGCGAGGAUGGUGAGGUGGACCGUACCGUACCGCAGCCCUCGUCCGUCCAGCGCGUCGACAAAGAAACGAACACCGAAUGUGCCUUCCUGCCAGAGCGGAGCCGCCGGCGGUUCCCCGACCCGAACGGUCCGGCACGCUCCUCCACCAUCGAGGAGGGCUCGGUCGUGGACGAUCGGUUGGUGAAACGAUCGCAAACUUUCUCACCAAGUGCCGUAGCUAGCAAAACCCGAUAUAUCUGCCGGUUGAACCGGAGUGACUCCGACUCGGCGAUGCACUUCAACAACCAGGUGACACCCCAUCCGUUCAAACGCGGUUCGGUCGAGCGACGCUCGCUGCGCUAUCAUAACCGUGUCUCCAAGAUCUAUCACAAGAUGCAUCCGGCAGUGCCGCGCACCAGUCUCGAUCUCGAGCUCGAUCUGAAGGCCCAGCAGACGAAGCUGGAAACGCUCACCGACGAGAUCGGGCGGCUGCGGGAGCUGAAGCACCGGCUCGAGCAGGCCCGCGACAACAACGACGUCAAGGUGGCAGCCUGGGCGCUCGAGAACGAGGACUUCCUACGGCUGGUAAAGGCGGUCAAUGCGGUCACGCCCGAGGAGCGCCAGCUGGCGAAGCUGCUGAUGAAAACUUCCAAGGAGAUCUACAAGUUGCGCAAGACGAAGGUCGGCAAAGGCAAGCUCGAUUCAAUCUCGUUCAAAGAAAAGAUGGCAUUCUUUACGCGUCGUGGAGUGUCCGUGCCGGAGCUGCCGUCGGAAAUUUUUCCGUCGUCUACCACGCAGGCCACCAUCGGACUGAUGCGGUCCGCUUCAGAGCGGGAUGGGGACAAAUGUGGCGGCAGCCGUACGCCGACCAACGGUACAAUGGCAGCACACCGGUUGGCGACGACCAGUAUCGGUACCGGCACAGAUCCGGAAUCGGAUAUAAGCGCUGCCUCUUUCUCGUACAACGACGUUGACCGUACGUACGGUGUGGAGGUGUGAGGUUGACAGGAUCCGACACACACACGUACAUAAACACACAAGUGUACAGACAGGGGUUGUUGGUCUAGAAUUAAACGUCGUAGCCGAAAGCAAAUGAAAAACAAGUGAAAAUGAGUGACCAAAGGCUUGCAUGCAUUUAAUCAUAAA